GGUCGCUUGCAGCCGCUAGUGGGCCGCUGCGGUGCAGCCUCACUGUCCGGUUCAGCCUCGCUGGUUGUGGGAAGUGUGCGGGCAUUCAGAGAGGAUGCUGAGGCCUGCCAGUCCCACGACUCAUCCGUCACUAACCCGGGGCUAUUAGGCUGGUCCGGGCUAUGGCUGCACCUAUCGCACAUUUCGACGACGACUGGCCGUUUUUGGGGGAUGUGAGCAUGGUUUCAGACCGGAGGCUGCUGCCGCACAAAGGCCGAGCGGCCGCCGCGGAGGAAGCGGCGCCGAAGCUCCUCCUGGAUGAGGAUGAUUUCCCGGAGCUUCUAGACAGCAGCUUCUCCCCGACGGAAACCGGCGUUUUCAGGUCCAUGGAGGACCUGGUGAACGAUUUUGACGAAAAGUUAUCCGUUUGCUUCCGAAACUUUGACGCCAGGACGGACAGCAUCGCUCCCGUGAGCGAUAUAACCGAGGAGUCUCUGCUGGAGAAAGACCAAAUCUGGAAGUCUUUGACCAAUAACUAUGGCCAUGUGAUGCCGGUGGAUUGGAAACAGUCUCGAACAUGCUCCCUCCACAUCCCCACAGUCAACCUGGAGGACAAACCUAGAAAGACUGAUGUCACAGCAGAGCUGUCAGACGACGAGGAGCUGAGGGAGCAAUUGGACAUGCACUCCAUCAUCGUCUCCAGCCUCGCUGAGGAGCCGCUUUUCACAGCAGAGCAGGUUAUCGAGGAGAUAGAGGAGAUGAUGCAGGACUCUCCCGACAUGGAGGCAGGGCACAAUCCCUCUCAGUCGGACCUCUCGAUGCUCUCCCUGGACGUUCAGCGGUCCACACGGAGUCCCACCUUUGAGUUGAGAGUGAGGAGUCUGAGUGUUGCGGAGCUGAAUGAACGUCUGGAGGAGACAGAGACAAACAUCAGGAGGUUCUCAGAGGAGCUGGUGCAGCAGCUGGCUCUCAGGGACGAGCUGGACUUUGAGAAGGAGGUGAAGAACAGCUUCAUCUCAGCCCUCAUUGACGUACAAAACCGACAGAAGGAGCACCGGGAGCUGCUGAAGAAGAAGAAGAAGCCCAAAGGUGGAGCCGGGACGUCGCAGGCCCACUUGGAGAAGACGCCUGGAUCACGCUUCAGCAUGGAGGGAAUCUCCUCUGUCAUUCAGAACAGCUUCCGGCAAACUUUUGGGAGUGGGUGCAGUGAAAGACAGUAUUUGACCACAGUCAUUCCUUAUGAGAAAAAGGGACACCCUCCGUCGCUUGAGGACCUCCAGAUCUUAACUAAGAUUCUACAAGCGAUGAGAGACGACAGUGACAAGGUGCCCAGUCUCUUAACAGACUAUAUUCUCAAAGUGCUUUGCCCAACGUAGACCAGACGGACGGUGCCCGACGCUCUGCAGAGGCUUCAGAGAGUUUGCCAUGGCAACAAGACAAAGACGACUCAUUGUAUUAUUUGCAGACAUGAAGCACACUUAAUUUAUUCCUGCAUGUUUUUUACCUCAAGAUAUGUCUCUUUGUGUUCUUUUCCUGAUUAAGUUGUAUUUAUUUUGUGUUGAGCAUUGUGAUUUUGCUAACGUUGUGUG